UAUCUGGAGUUCUGUGAUGACAUACUGGUGUUGGAGAGUGGAAAGAUAAAGGAGUCAGGGACACACAAAGCUCUGAUGAAAGCUAAAGGCCGAUACGCACAGAUGAUCAACAACUUCCAGAUGGAGCAUUCACAGGAACAAACUGAGGAGGAGCCAGACCCCGUCGACAGGAAGGAGAAGGACCUGGAUGAUCACAAGGGAAAAGGACUAGAAAACCCAGCUUUUGACAUGUCUGAUGAGAAACCAGACGAGUCGGAAGGAAGUCGAUCGGUAUCACAUGACGUCAGCGAGUCUAAGGACCAGCUGGUGACUCAGGAGGGUUCUCAGGAGGGUUCUGUUGCCUGGAGGACCUACCACCAGUACUGUAAAGCUGCAGGAGGGUACAUACUGCUGUCUCUCAUCAUCAUCAUCUUCAUCUGCUUGGUGGGGACCACUGCCUUCAGCAACUGGUGGCUCAGCUACUGGCUGGAGCAGGGAUCAGGGACAGCGAACGUGUCGAAUUCCACCGCAGGGAACAUCUCCCUGAACCCUGACCUGAGCUUCUACCAGAUGAUUUACGGCCUGGUGGUGGUGGCCAUGCUGGUCUUCAGCUUCAUCAAGGGCUACUCUUUCACCAAAGUCACGUUGCACGCUUCCUCCAAGCUACACGACACCAUGUUCAGAAACAUCCUGAACAGCCCCAUGAGUUUCUUUGACACCACCCCAACGGGACGUAUGGUGAACCGUUUUUCCAAGGACCAGGAUGAGGUGGAUACCAUGCUGCCCUUCAACAUGGAGAACUUCCUGCAGUUCUGCCUGAUGGUCACCUACACCAUCGUCACCAUCUCGGCCGUGUUCCCUCCCCUACUCAUCGCCAUCACGCUGCUUGGAGCCAUCUUCACACUCAUACUCUAUAUAUUCCAGAGGAGCAUCAGAGAGAUGAAGAGGAUGGAGAACGUGAGUCGUUCCCCCUGGAUCUCCCUGACCACCUCCACCAUCCAGGGCCUCACUACCAUCCACGCCUACAACAAGAGAGAGCAGUACAUCCAGCAAUUUAAAGAGAUGAGCGACAACAACUCCAACCACUUCCUGUUGUUUAACUGUGGGACACGCUGGCUGUCCUUCUGGCUGGACUUUCUGUCUGCCUCAGUCACUCUGCUGGUGGCUCUGUUCGUGGUGCUCAGUUCUCCUGAUACCAUCAGCCCUGCUAUGAAGGGCCUGGCGCUGUCAUACACCAUACAGUUGACAGGUAUGCUCCAGUACGUGGUAAGGCUGUCUACGGAGCUGGAAGCCAAGUUCCUGUCAGUGGAGAGACUACAGGAGUACAUCGAGGGUUGUGUCUCUGAGGCGCCCAGGAGAGUUAAAGACGCCCUCAUCCCAGAGGGUUGGCCUCAUAAAGGGGCCAUCUCCUUUAAGGACUACACGAUGAGGUACAGAGCGAACACCCCCAUCGUGCUCGAUGGACUACAGCUCAACAUCCAGCCCAGGGAGAAGCUGGGCAUCGUGGGGAGGACAGGCUCCGGGAAGUCUUCUUUAGGAGUGGCCCUGUUCCGCCUGGUGGAACCAGCUGCAGGGACUAUCUUCAUAGAUGGGGUGGACACCAGCGCUAUCGGCCUGGAGGACCUCCGCAGUAAACUAUCAGUCAUCCCCCAGGACCCUGUCCUAUUCAUCGGUACUGUCAGGUAUAAUCUGGAUCCUUUCAACAACUAUAGUGACGAGGACAUCUGGUCUGCUCUGGAUAAGACCUUCAUGAAACACACAAUCUCCAGUCUCCCUGAGAAGCUGCAGUCGGAGGUAGUGGAAAACGGGGAGAACUUCUCUGUAGGAGAGAGACAGCUGAUGUGUAUGGCCAGAGCACUGCUACGAAACUCCAAGAUCAUCUUGCUGGACGAGGCGACGGCGUCGAUCGACUCAGAGACGGACUCUCUGAUCCAGCACACCAUCAGAGACGCGUUCCAGGACUGUACCAUGCUUACUAUCGCUCACCGCAUUAACACUGUCCUGGAGUCAGAUCGUAUACUGGUCAUGGACGCCGGAAGGGUGGUUGAGUGUGACAGUCCAGAGGUCCUGAUGCAGAGACCAGAUUCUCAGUUUGCAGCUCUCCUGACGGCAGCCAACACCGUCAACACAUGAGCCUGGACACACCCCCAUCUGUAGUCUGGACACACCUCCAUCUGCAGUCUGGACACACCCCCAUCUAGUCUGGACACACCUCCAUCUGCAGUCUGGACACACCUCCAUCUGUAGUCUGGACACACCUCCAUCUGUAGUCUGGUCACACCUCCAUCUGCAGUCU